AUGGCAAGCUUCGUCGGCCGUCCACUCAACCGCCUUCGCCGAUCCGACACCUACAAACCUCUGCACGAACGAUGGGGCGACGUCGCCAUCUCUGCUCCCACCGAUGGAUCCUGGAACCAGUUCGACAACCCUCAUCAAUCGUCCCAUCGCACCCGGGGCUACGGGCCGGGCUUCGUCCCCGAGCACCCGCCCCGAGGUGUCUCCCACGCAGACGAAGACCCCUCAACGCGCUCGGCUAGACGACAAAGCACCUUCUCCAUGAGCACGUUGAACCCUCGUCGUCUGUCCGUGCGUCUGGCCCCUCGUCCAAAGCACACCGAGGACAGUCCGGGCCACGAACUCUCCACUCAGCAAGACCGUCGCACCGAGUUCGCAUAUAAACCUAUCCAGAAGGACUAUCCGACCGAGGUGGCCGAGCACGUCGCCACGCAUGAUCACCCGUCGCCGCGGUUCCGGUAUAUUCCCGCUACGCCGCGGUAUGCGGAGGAUGUGGGGAUGCCGUCGCCGUAUGCGUCGUCGUCCGCGUCGUCCUCCUCCCGAUCGAGGGACAGCAUGCGUCUUGGAAGCGACCAUCGUCGCGAUCGGGAUAGACAGACUGUUUGCUCUGAUGACUUGAACGAGGAAGAUGAGGACGAGUACGUCGCGUACCCAUCCGGUCGGUCUUCGUCGCGACUCUCGCGAUCCGAUUAUCGCAGUAGUGCGGACUACAGUGGUCGGCGGGCAAGCUCCUUGUUUGGAGGUCGGAGUUCGGGCGCGACUUCGUCUGACAAGAAGAAGUAUCGGUCUAGUGCUAGGUACUUGACUACAGAUAUGGUGCCGGAUGCGGAUGAGAUGUAUGGAUGA